AUGAAAUUCUCACGGCAACAAUUCGGAAAGAAGAAAUGGCUUGAGAACAGAGAAAUGAAAUAUGAAACUUUUUUUCCUGUUGAAUUUAUGAAUGAUAAAGAAUUUGUGUUAAAUCACAUCAAAAAAUAUGGCUAUGGAUUACAAUUUGCAUCAAAAUCUUUAAAGGAAGACAGAGAUUUGGUAUUGACAGUAGUUCAACAUUGCGGAUACGAGUUAGAAUUUGCAAGUAAUAAGUUUUUCAACGACCAACAAGUGGCAUUAACAGCUAUAAAGCACUACCCAUAUGCACUGACCUAUAUUUCGGAUGAUCUUCGAAAUGACAAGGAAUUUAUGUUAGAAGCAGUUCGACAGAAUGGACGAGCUAUACUCCAUGCCACCAAUACGCUCAAAGUAGAAAUUGCAUCAAUUGCUGUUAAACAAAACGAUGAAGUAUUGGUGUACUUAGAAGAAAGCUAUUUGAAAGCCCACACAGAACUAAUUUUUGACAUAAUUAAGCAAAAUAGAAAGGCAUUUCGAUGGAUACCAAACGAUUUACUCAAAGAUCAUGUUUUCAUAUCAAAAGCUCUUGCAUUAAUAUUUCCAGAAAUUGAAAAAAUAGACUCAUUUGAUUAUUCAAAGAAAGACAUAAUGCUUAAGGUUGUUCAAGAAUUUGGAUUUUUACUUGAAUUUGCUUCUGAUGAGCUCAAAAACGAUAGAGAUAUUGUUUCGAAUUCAGUGAGAAAUCUUGCUUUUUCUCUUCAAUUCGCUUCUCCUGAUUUGAAGAAUGAUAGAGAAAUUGCGUUGAUAGCUGUUGUUCAAGACGGUUAUGCAUUGCAAUAUAUCUCUUCUGAAUUGCAGAGAGACAAAAUAGUUGUGUUAUCUGCUGUCAAUCAGAAUGGACAUGCACUUCAGUAUGCAUCAGACGAUUUGAAGAAUGAUAAAAAGAUAGUUUUAUCAGCUGUAAAAAAAAGUGGCUGUGCUCUCAGGUAUGCAUCUGACGAGUUAAAGAGUGAUAGGGAAGUUGUGUUGGCAGCAAUACAAGAAAAUAGUUGGGCUCUUCAAUUUGCAAACGAUGAGAUGAAAAGCUGUGAAGAAAUUGUGAUGAAAGCAAUCAAAGAACAGAAAGGUACCAUUCAAUUCGCUUCUAAAACAUUGUUGAGCGACAAACAAUUCCUAAUAGAAGCUCUCAAACUUGGAUGUGACAAUGUUCUUGAUUAUGCACCAACAGAAUUUAUUGAAGACAAGGAAUUCAUAUUACAAACCAUCAAGUAUCAAAAUGUUGGAGCAGUUCGAUUCUGUCAUUAUUGUCGAAACAAAGAAGUAAUAUUGGAAGCUGUGAAACAUAAUGGAUUUGCAUUAUGGUAUGCAAGUGAAGAGUUGCAGAAAGAUCCAGAACUAGUGGUGCAAGAACGAAUCGAACAGUGCUACUAUGGUUCUUAUGUAGGUGUCUACAAUCAUGAUUGA